AUGCACCGGAGCUCAAUUUUGAGUGCCAUAGCAAAGUGUCUGAAUACUUAUUCUGCAGUCCAUGAGGACCUGCUGAUAUCCGGUGUUGCUGGCGGGAGAGACUGGACCUCUGAAGCGGCUGGUCACAAAACCUGGCCACUGAUCAGGACCCUGGAUCAGGAGCAGUCACUGUUCCUUCCGGAGUCUGAACCAGGACUGAACCACGAGGGACAGAGACUCCACCACCACACAGAACACAACCAGUGGACAGGUGGACUGAAUAACCUCAGUCCUGGUGGUCAUCAGAGAGACAGAGGCUCCAGUCAGGGAUCCAGUCUGCAGCCCAGACCCUUCUCUUCACAGUCUCAGUGCAGGGAUGAAGCAGGACCUGGGGCUGAUAGAGAUAGACCCUCCUGUUCCUAUGAUACAAACACCACAGUAUCCAUGAUGAACAGAGCAGGUCACCCUGGGCUUCAGCCUUCACAGAGAGUGAUGGGAGACCCCCCUGGUGGUAGCCUAUCAGGAAGCCUGUCUUUUCCUUCAGAGUCUCGUCUAAUGCCUUGUGACUGGGUUCAUAGAAGGCCUGGGACUGGACCGGGGUCUAGCCUUCCUCGGUUACCUAAGGGUUACCCCACCAAUACAGACGGGAUCAGGAUAGGUGUUCACCACAAGAAGUACUUAGCCUAUAACACAGCGCACAAUCCCAACACCACCGAAACGAUGGCAAGAGGUCAAGGAGGGAGCUCAAAAGCUUCUGCUUCCGCCUCCUCUGGUGUCAUUGGGUCACAACGUGGCAAGCCAAAUAUUAGGGCAGACGCCGACAAGCCGUACAGCUGCGCCACGUGUGGGAAGCACUUCACCCGGGCAAACUAUUUGAAGGAGCAUCAGACAGUUCACACCAAGGAGAGGCCCUUCAAGUGCAAACUAUGUUACAAGAGCUUCCCCUUCCGGAGUAACCUUAUCAGACAUAGGAGUGUCCACAAUGGGGAGAAAUUGUAGCAGUGUGCCUUGAGAUGUAUACAGGGGAUGUCUGGGAACCAUUCUUUAUCUGACAUAGUUAUAUUGUGAAGUGUCUUGGGAUAAGAGGGUAAUUAACCACAUACCCCUCAUUAACCCUUUGUUAACUUGUAAUAGGCUUGUGUAAAUACCUGUUUUUAGAGUGACAGUAAAACUAGGCUAAAACAGUGUCAGUUUAAUAUUUACGUUAUUGACGUGAUGUAGAUGGAAUAAAGUUCUAUACAUUUCUC